GCCCCAUUUGCUUUCUCAUUUUUUAUUAUUUAGGUUGGGCCUCAUUUAUCCAUCCGCUCCUCUGUAAAGUGUUUGGCAGGAACAGCCAUGCCGCCUUCUACAGUGGUCUGUGAGCGUUCAGCGCCAGAAAAAGCACGCUACAUUCCAUCCUCACUCCCCAGUUCCUCCACACCUCGCUCUAUCCACGUUCGCAUCACACACGAAGCAGCAUAUCAUGACGAUGAAGAAGAAGACGACCUCCCUAUUGGGCUCUUGCCGACAAGUUCAAACAAUCCCAACCUCUCACACGAGGACUCGGACGACGAGGUGUCGUUGGCUGUUGCUGCGCGCUUAAAGGAAGCCAUACCAGAGUAUAUGCGGUUGGAGGAACAGGAAAGGGAGUUAGCGGAAUCGGAGGCGCUGGUCAAGCAUGCUGAAAAGAGGAUGGAGCAUUUGUUGGCUGAAAUCCGUGGAGCGAGUAAUGAAGCUGACUACUUGAGCGACAAGUGGCGACAAGAACGUCAAUUCCUUGCCUCCGCCCUCUUAGCUCCAAAACAACGCCGACAAGCCCUAGAAACUCUCCGUCAAGAAGAACAAAAAGCCCGUCAAAAAGUCCAACACCUCCAACGCCACCUCGAUACUGUUCAAUCUCAACUCUCAUCCCACACGCUCAACUAUCGACGCCUCCUGCAUGUCCGUGAACGACUUGAAGCACUCUAUGAGCGGGUCUUUCGGGAUGCUGCUGCUGAUUUCCCUCACGAGCAUCGGUUAAAGCAAGGCGUUUGGGCUUUGAAUACUCGGUUGACUGCUUUAAGGGAACGAAGGGAAGAGGGUGCAAACGUGAGGAGGGAAAUGGGGAUCUUGGAAGUCAGUCUUAAAGACGUCAAGGCGCGAUUGCUUAAAGAGCGACGAAGAGUACUUCGAUGGGCGGUCGUAAGGGGCUUAAGAGAAGGUUCUGGGAGUGUGGACGAUUUGCCACCGCCUUAUACGCCCUCAGCAGACGCGUUCGCACUCUCCACGUCGCCCCCCUACGCACCCAUCACCCUUAUGCGGGAUCCGAUCUGCCCGGGAGACACUGACCAUGACAACAGUCCGUACCUCAUCUCUCCAACGGAACUCCACCUUUGCGACGCAACGAGAAGAAGAAGCACAGGUUCCGUCCUUGUGACCACACCACGACGACAAGACCCUCCAAACGACCAUGACGACACACUCUCCACUGUUUCCUCAGACGAAGACCGACCGCUGGGUUUCAAUAGACACUAUUCUACCCGUCUACAUGACCGUCGUCGAUCUGCAUCCACCCCGCCUCCACCCCAACGAACACGACGAAGGCCCUUACCCCUUGUAUCGCUCAUUCCUGGUGGGAUUCCGGUACCGGUUGGGCAAGAACCUCGUGAUGGUGAACGAAGGCGGUAAGCGUAUACUCCCUGGUGGAGUAUUUUGUAAUUUAGAACAAGUUUCUUAGUGAUCCCCCCCAUGUAUUUGACUUUUUUGUUUUGUAUGUAAUAGC